AUGAGUUUUUAUAAUUGUUCUGAUUAUAAUUUUAAUAAAGAUCAAUUAUGUAAUAAAAAUGUUUACUCAGAAAUCAAAAUAAUAGCUCCUUUUCAUAAGAAUGUAGAAGAAUCAAAAAAAAUAAAUUAUAAUCUGAAAACAUGGUUAUCAAGAUGUUUAAUAAUUGCACAAACCAUUAUAUUGGUAUAUACUUAUUUAUUUCAUUUGAAUGUAUUAAGUUGUAACAUAAAUUCAGACUCUAUUUCAUGUAAAGGAAUAAUAAGAAAUUUAUCCGAACCAUGUAAAGUCAAUGAAAAAUCGCAUGAAACAUUUAUUGAUCGUGUAUUUUAUGGAACGAAGAAAAAAAAAGAUGGAUCAAAUAAAAAUAAAAAGCUUUUUAAUUGGGAAUUGUGUAAAUAUCACAUAAGUAACAGAUUAGGUAAGGCUAAAGAAUAUUCUAUAGGAGGUGUAAAUUAUGAAAAAUGGGAUUUAUAUAGUAUUAAGAAUGAGAAUUAUAAUGAAUCAGGUGGUAGAAAUCAUGAAAUGUUUUCAACAGUUAUAUCAUCAAAAAGUGGUUUUAGAAAAAAGAAGGUAAAAUUAUUUAUAAAAAAAGUACCUUUGAAUUCAUGGAUUGAAUUAUAUAAUAAGAUGGACAUUUAUCAUGGAGAGUUUUUAGAUGGGGCAGAAAAUUUUGUAAUGGAAGCAAUGGUUUCAUUAUUUUUAAAUAAAUAUCAUCCUGGAAUUACACCUAAAUUUUAUAAUUUAUUAUAUGAAUCGGAAAAUGAUUAUAGUGAAUUGAAAGGUUUAAAUGAACUGAUGUUUUGUGACAUAGAUAUCUUUAAAAAUGAACUAAUUAAAAUUAGAAAUAGAAAUAAAAAAGGUUAUGUUGUAAUGAUAUGGGAAUUUUUUGGGCAAAAUCUUAAAGAGUUUUUGCAUUCAGAAAAAGAAAAUUUAGUAAUAACAAAAGAAAGGAAAAAAAUUCUUUUUGAAUGUUUAAAAUUAAUAAAUAAGUUACAUAAAGCAGGUUUGACUCAUUUAGAUAUUUCACCUGAAAAUAUAUUAAUUGGAGAAAAUUAUGAAAUGCGAUUAUGUGAUUUUGGUAAAACUACACCUCUUUAUGUUCUUAAUAAUAUAGAUGAACAUAAUAAAGGUCAUUUACAAAGAUUUCGAUCAUAUAUACCAUAUGUAGGAAAAACUAAAUAUGCACCACCUGAGUGUUGGAAUUUAAAAAAGAAAUAUAAAGAGUUGGGAAUAGAAAAUCCAUUAGUUUACUUAAAAACUUUAAAGGAUUAUGAAUAUAAAGACACAUUAUAUUUUGAUGUUCUCGCAGCUGACAUAUAUAUGCUUGGAAUUUUAUUCAUAUGGAUUUCGAGUAAUAGAUAUUUAUGGGGAAACUUUGAUAUGUCACAAAAUAGUAAUUUUAAAAAAUUUGUUAAUAGUGAUAUGAACUUUGACUUAUUUCCUUUAACUAGAGAAUGGCCGGAAGGGUUAAAAUAUAUCAUUAGGAAAUUGUUAGAUUAUGAAAGUAGGAAGAGUUUAGAUUUGAAUGAGUUGAUAGAACAUCCAUGGUGGUCGACAGAUUUGUAA